AUGCUAAAGACGAGAGGGUUACAGUCGGUUUGUGCAUCAUGCCGACUGAACAUCGCAAUUUCACGAGCGCGUAGCGCAAGAUUACCAGCCCAGACACGAUCCGCGCCGCAACAACUUCCCUCGUUCGCCUCCAAGUAUACAACGCCACGGAGAGCAUUUUCCACGACGCUUGGAAGGAGGCAAUUAGGGCAAGAUCAUGCGCUGAAUGCAGAAGACGUACCUCCUUCUGCAACCGAGGCGGUGAACUACGAAGUCAACGCGCGGAGAGCGAGGCAACAAUUCGGCGACACAUUACCGCACGACCACCUGAGCGAAGAAGAAUACACUAUAUACAAGCGAUUGUACGGCCCGGCGAUCUUCGUAGAUCCUGACGCAAAUGUAGAAGAAUCUGGCGAUAUAGCUGAGGAGGAGAUAAUCGAGGAAGAACGGCCCGAUGGCUCUAUUGUCUUACUGAGGAAAGGAAAAGAUGGCGAGCUUGAAGAGGUUGAACUCGUCGAGGAGCUCGAUGCUGAGGAAGACGUAGCUGCUGAAGAUUCUGAGCUGGACAAAGAGACCAUGACACCAGAAGAAUGGGAAGCGCGCAGAGAGGACGAAGCACAAGCAUACCACGAUGAAAUCUACGAGCAAAGUCGGCUGCAACAAGAGGAAGCAGAGGCUUGGGAGGACGUGGAAGAAGAGCAAGAGGAAGACAGCUUCAUGCGCGCGCAUCCUUUGACCAUUGCCGGCCGCUUCAAGCCAUCGCCUUCGACCGUCUUCCUGCCUAAAGAAACUCUCGUCGAUCCGACAGCAUUGCUCCUAACACGCGCGAAUCACAAACACCUCGCCGAAUCCGCGAAUCGCAUCUUUGGUGGUCGCGGUCUGCCAUACUCCGCCAGCACAACCCCCGCACGUUUGGGCAAUGAACAAAAGCCGAUUCCACUGGACCCAUCGCAGUCGGAGAUGGGUAACAUCGAAGCUGAUGUUUACAUGGCUUCCGUACAGCCAGGCACAUACGCAAGCGUCAUGAGCGCCAUGGUCGAAGUUCGUCGACGAUUGGGAACAGGAUGGCUCGAACAUAUGCUGCAAAACAAAAAAGGUGGCACUAUACUAGACGCUGGCUCUGGUGGCGUUGGUGUGCUUGCCUGGCACGAGAUGUUAGAGGCGGAAUGGCAACGCAUGCAUGAAGAAUCAGGAAACACGUCGCAUGGUGCUACCCCGUUGGGAAAGGCAACUGUUUUGACUGCAUCUGACACGCUCCGCCAUCGCGCAAGCAAACUGCUGGACAACACAACGUUCAUUCCGCGACUACCAGAGACCGUAACAGCAGCCGACGAGGGUAACACGCAACAACCACGCAAGUUCUAUGAUGUCAUCAUCGCACCGCAUACGCUGUGGUCUAUCAGACAAGAUUAUCUGCGCAGAGAACAAGUUGAGAAAUACUGGUCCCUGCUGAAUCCCAAGGGUGGUGUUCUUAUUCUUAUUGAGAAGGGCCUCCCAAGAGGAUUCGAAGUUGUAGCCGCUGCCCGUUCGUACCUUCUGAACAAGCACAUCUCCUCUCCUGGCUCGGAGACUAUCGAGGCGUUGCUCGAGUCUCAGGUCUCGAAACCGGACGGAGACACCAGAUUCACUGAGAAGGAAACGGGAAUGAUCGUUGCACCAUGCACCAACCACAGCACAUGCCCCAUGUACCAGUCUACCGGUGUCAGUCAGGGAAGGAAGGACUUUUGUUUCUUCAGCCAACGCUAUAUCCGCCCUCCAUACCUUCAACGCAUCUUGAACGCAAAGGACAAGAAUCACGAGGACGUGCAGUUCAGCUACCUGGCCGUCCAGCGUGGACGCGAUCAGCGCCUCCCCCAACACGACAUCCUUGGCAAAGGGUUCGUGCAAGGUGAAGCCUCCACAUCUGCAGCAUUUGAAGGACACGAAUGGCGCGCAUCGUCGUCGAACCCAGAAACCGAAGAGCCUGUAAUGACCUCAACCGCCGAUGUGAAUCCACUCACACUCCCACGUUUGGUUCUCCCCGCGCUGAAGCGAAGAGGUCAUAUCAUCUUAGAUGUCUGCACACCAGCCGGUACGCUUGAACGCUGGACCGUCCCCCGCUCUUUCAGCAAGCAAGCCUACCGCGACGCGCGAAAAGUCCGUUGGGGUGACCUCUGGGCUCUCGGCGCAAAAACACGCAUACCACGUAACGUACGUCUAGGCCGACCGACUGACGAAUUCGACAAGAAGGGCAGGAAAGUCAAGAAGGCGAAGCAAGUCACGAUCGAAAUCGGUGUUGGCGAGAAAGACGGAAGGACUGUGGAGGAAGGUCCCGCGAAGGUCCUCGGCACAGGUGGAAGAAUGUUGGUUGGUGAUCGCGAUGGACGGUAUACUGCGGAUCGGAAGAUUCGGGGUAGCAAGGGAAGAAAGGGAAGGAAAAAGAGGGUUGAUCAUGAUGGUUAUGACUUGGACGACAUGUAA